AUGCCGCUCGAGGAGAUGGGCCUGGAGAUGUUCGACGCGGAGCGGCCCGAGUGGGCGAAGGCCAUCUGCGGCGCCCGACGCCCGCGGGAAGGAGACGACGCCGAGGAUCGGCCCCAGCGAGAGCGAGGCGAGGAGCCCCAGGGAGGUCGAGGCGGCGGCCGAGGCAUGAAGGAGCAGGAGCUCGUCGACCUCACCGCGCGGCUCGCCCUCGUGACAGCUCGCGGUCUCGGCCUCGUCGAGUCCAAUGCGAUGGAGACACGCCUGCUCGACGCGACCCACUUCUUGGCCAAGGCCGGACUUGCCGCCGACAAAUAUUACACGGAAGCGGCGGCCGGCCUGAAAGAAAUCAAGAAGGCCAACCCAGAGACGGACCUGUCGCCCCUCGGCCCCCCGUUCGCGACGGUCUUCUGGAUGACAGUGAACGCCGUGAAGAAACAGGCUCAGGGCGCAGCCGUCGAUGUCGCCGCGAAUUUUUGGAACGCACAUGUCGACAAAAAACAGCCCGACUAUAUUGCCACCUAUAUCACCCACUUCAGUGUUAAGCAGCCUCGGGGAGAUCACAGCAAGCGAAUGCAGGGGGGAGUAAAGUUCCAGAUCGUGAUCCAUCCGACCGCCGUGGGCAUAGCCCUCCGCCAGAUUUUCGACAGAGUGUUGGAGGAGGCGGGGGCGGUUCGUCUUGCGGGAUCGGCGCCGAGGGGGCCGCUGGAGGGGCAGACAGAUCGCAGAGCUGCCACAGAAGAAAAAGUGAUUCUUCAACGACGGCAGCGAGCUGAGAAGAGACCCAAUUUGUCGGAACCUGAUGAUUGCAGCAGAGCUCGACAAUUUCUGAUGUCAGCUGAGGAUCCGCCCACACACCGACCUUCGCUUGGGCGUGGAAGUCAAUCGUGGGGGUGCGCAGACUCACCUGAUGUGAAUGCAGAGCCUGUGGGAUCUUUGGAGGUCCCACCCUCUGUUGGGGAGAGCUCACGUUGUCAAUCUCAAGGGUUUGCCACCUUACCUGAUGCGCAUGCUGAACCUGCGAAUGUUGUGGGAAGGGGUCCACGUGAAUCGUUCACUGAGUGUAAUAUCCAGUCUGAUUGCCGCUCGCCCCCCCCGAACCCUGAGGCCCAGAGGCAGUUUGAAGUGUGGACGAGCUCGGUCAGAUCUGAAUCUCGUUCUGGACUUCUAGAGGCUGUCUUGAGGCCUGCUCUGUCCUCCCCCUCCGCGUUCUGUUCCUGGGGCCAGGUCUUUCCCUCCUUUGCCUCCGCCUCCUCCUGGGCUUUCUGCGCCCUCGGCAUUCGCGACAAGCGAACGCUACCACCAGUUGGCGAAGAGGGGCGCGCUGCAGGAAGUACUCCGAGGGCUGGGAGCGCAUCUUCGGCGGCAAGCCGCGGCGGGAACAGCCAGCCGCAGCGCAGCCGCCGGCCCCGGCGGGCACGGCCAGGCCGGGCGCCGGGGGGGGGCCCGCGGCCCUCGUGGCGGCGGACGCGCUGCUGCCGGCGGAGCUGA